AUGAUAUCUAUAGAUAAGCAAGAAUGUAAGCUACAUGAAUGUUGUCUUUAACAACCCAUUAUGUUAAACUGAGAACUAGAGAUUAUACCUAUGACCCUAUGAGCAUUAUUGUGAUCUUCUUAUGAUAAAAAAUUAAUCAUUUAAAGACGUGUGGUAUUUACGUUUUCGUCAAAAAAUCACCUCUGUAUCAAGUCAACACAAGUUUGCUUGCUUCCCUUAUCAACAGAAUCUACACAAAUGUCUGGAUAAGUUUAAAAAUAUUUUGUCCCGUAAGUGCCCUUUUCUGGGUGUCCUUUGUUUUUGCACAUUCCAACGUUUUGACGAAUUUUCGGCGAAAGAAUUACUUGGUUCGUCUAUUAUGGACAAAACAAUAGCUGUAGAUAAGUUUGGCCAGGGGAUGGUCAUGAAAAGAAGCUAUAAAUAUGGAUAUUUUGCUGGGAAUACCAUCAGUUCUUUUGGUGUGUUCGUUGGGGCAGUUGCAGUAAAGUUUGAAGAUGUUCAAGAAGACAGUAUUACUUCUGGCCAUAGCGUCGGCUUAUGCGACCGAAAUAUCAUCUUCAUACGCCUUACUAGAGAAGCAUUCCACAUUCAAGCCCGACUUGAAGACAGAGCCCAUUGAUGAGAAGCACCGAACAUCCGAGGCUGAACGUCACCCUGUAUACAACCCAGAGGACUACAGACGCGCGUUUGUGAAACCUGUAGAGUCAGCCAAGCCUGUGUCUGCUGACCAUGACCGAAUGCUAGCUGACCAACCUGCUGAAAACAACGCUGAUGUCAGCAGAAUUGACAAUCUACAGAUUCCUGGAUAUGGAUACUACAUGCCCGCACCAACAGACGUGGCUUAUCCUGAUGUCCCAUAUGCACCUGGCUACGGAUAUGCUCCUAGCAACUACGACAUGUAUGUGGAGCCUGACACCUCAGUCGCCAGCAUGCUGUGGAGCCAAGUUCCUGAUUCUAGGUCAAUCGUCGGCUUCGUCGCGACCACCAUAUCCAAGAUAAUGGCGAAUGCGUUUCUUAUUCUUGUCGGUGCUUUUAUUACCGUUGGAGUAUGUUCUUAUACGAGUCUUUGCCAUAUUCAUAUCAAUGGCAUUGGCCCCAUUCAAGAGGAGAUGAGGUCCCUGAUGACUCCUGAGAAGUUACAAAAGAUUGGACACGCCGCCGAAUUCGUUAAAACUGCGAUUGACAAGUACCAGAAGAUCCAAGGAGUUGAAAAUGUUGAAGCUAGCAGAAGACGUCGCUCGAUCUUCUUUUAGAUUUAGAUGUUAGUUAUAUUGUAGGUAUAACAUGUAAAGAAUUAUAGUUUAAGCAAUAAAUACAGUUUUAUCAA